AUGACGACGCCUAUAUCAAUAUGUCGGGGUUGUUCCCGUCAUAUCUUUUCACUCCGGACCAACCAAACGGCUGUUGUCUCGCGGUGGCUUCAGCCAACAUUCACACAAAUAGGCCGCAGGACAUUUGCGAUAGCUAAAACGAAACCUAUACCAGCAAAACAGAAAAAACCUUCUAAAAGUGCCCCGGCGACUCCCAAAGCGCCAGCUGCAUCUCCAUUCAAGAAUGCACAAAUUCUUCGCAUGAGUUAUGCACAACGACUCGCAAAUAAAUCCUCCCCGGUCACUCUAUACGAGGCUGCACCUCAUAGGAUAUUCCUGUUCUCAAGUUAUAUGACUGGUCUAUGUUGUGCUGGGAGUGCUAUCAUCAAUUAUUAUGCGAAUGUACUCCACUGUCCGCCAGAGGUUCACGUGCUUGUUCCAGUCGCAUUCGGCGCGAUGACUAUGGCAAUGAUGGCUUUCGGAACUAGAUUCGCUUUAAUGCCUGCUGGAUCUAUACGUUCUAUAAAGAUAUUACCGGCAAGGUUAGCAAAGGGCAAGACACCAACUUCGGGUGCGAAGGAGAUUUCGUCAACAGAUAUACCAGUCCGGCUCCAAAUUGAAGCGCGGCGUAACUUACCCUUUCCAUUCUUGCCUUUGCGCCGCUUCGAAGCGGACCCUAAUACAAUUGUUAUGAAGGCGCCCAUGUAUAACCGCAAGCCAGCUCCCACGGAAUAUGACAAGAUGCGAAUGAAGCAAGAGGAAGAGGUCAGACGGAAGGAGGAGCGCGAAUACGAGAUGAACCACUUGAUGACUGCACCAUUCCGACAUGUAGGACAAGCAUUCGGAAUGCUUUUCAAAAGUUUCCGCCGCGGCCUAACUGGAGAAGGGUUUGCGCCUAUUGAAAUCGAUGGGGAAAAAUUCAAGCUGGAUAUCACAUCCGCGUAUGCGCUAGAAGAAGGGCGAGCUUUGGAUAGGAUUGCGAGGAUCGAGGAAGAUCCUGCUCUUGCCGAUGCCCUCGAACGUCUCGGAAUCGCACCCGUAUACCACAUGCGCGAGGUCGGCAAGAACCGACACCAAGCGCUAUGGAUCGAAGCCCUUGAAGCUAAAUUCGAAGGACGCGGCGAGCCCUUCGACCGAGCUAAAUUUGACCAGAUACUCGGGUCCUACGAGGCUCUAGCUGACUAUCCAGCAGCUAUCUUCCCCGCGGAGCUCCUAUCCGCGUAUCCUGAAGCUAGCGUCAUUCUCUCCGUCCGGCACUCGGAAGAGGCAUGGCUUACAUCGAUGGAAACCACGCUCUGGCACGCGCAUAUACAUCGACCUCAUCCGGACCCAUCGCCUAUGGCGCCGUUGUCAGAGAAGUAUCAUGGGUAUUGCUGGGAUAAUGAUUUACCUAAGUACGGGAUAGCGGCGUAUCGCGCGCAUAAUGAGUUAGUGCGUGAAUUAGUAAAUGCUGAGAGGGAGAGGGGGAUAGGGAGGAAGUUCCUUGAGUUCAAGCCCGGAGAUGGGUGGGUGCCUCUGUGUAAGUUCUUAGGCAUGGAGGAUGUGCCCGAGGGGCCAUUCCCGAGGAGUGAUGAUUGGAUUGAGUAUAAGAAGAUGGUCGAGCCGGAGAAAGAGAAGGAGAAAAAGGCUCUUACGGAAGUUACUUCUUAG